UCGCAAAAAAACCCUCGUCAUUCUCCACUCGACCACACCGAUCCACUCCUACGGCCUCCGGUCUCCCCCGGCGUCCCGACUCCGAGCCUCCGCCGCGAAGCCUCACCGACAUGGCGACAGCCGGUGGCGCCGCGCCGCCGGCAAUGGACGAGAAGGCGCGGCGCACGCGCGAUCUCCUCGCUAGCUUCUACAAUACCGACCCCUCCGCGGCCGCGGCCGCGGCCGUCACGGCGGCCCCCGCGUCCCUGGUGCGGCCCUCCCCCACCGCCGUCCCCGCGUCGCCCCUCGACUCCAUCAACGCUGCCUCCUUCGAUCCUGAGAUUUACAUGAACGUCCUGGUGCAACAAUCAAAUCUGGAAAGUCUUCUACAGAGGCAUGUGAAGAUGGCCGCCGAGAUCAAGAACCUAGACACAGACUUACAGAUGCUGGUGUAUGAGAAUUAUAACAAGUUUAUUAGUGCAACUGACACUAUAAAAAGGAUGAAGACUAACAUUGUUGGAAUGGAGGCAAAUAUGGAGCAGCUUCUUGCAAAAAUAACAUCAGUGCAAUCAAAAAGUGACACAGUGAAUACAUCUCUUUUCGACAAAAGGGAAAACAUAGAGAAAUUACACCGUACACGCAAUCUCCUCCGAAAAGUUCAGUUCAUAUAUGACCUGCCAACUCGGCUUAACAAAUGCAUCAAGACAGAAGCAUAUGCAGAUGCUGUAAGGUUUUUUACUGGAGCAAAACCUAUUUUUGAGGCCUAUGGUGAUACAUCCUUUCAAGAAUGUAAAAAGGCAUCUGAGGAGGCAAUGGAUUUAGUUAUACAACACCUUCAGGCAAAGUUAUACUCAGAUUCUGAACCUAUUGAAGCAAGAGCAGAAGCUGUAGUGCUUCUUAAACAACUGAACUUUCCGGUGGAUAACCUAAAAUCAAAUCUACUCGAGAAGUUAGAAGAUUGCCUCUUGAAUUUCCAGAAUGAGCCUACACAGGCUUCAAUAGGCAACAUUUCAAAGACAUUCCGUGCCUAUUUAAUAAUAUUUCCUGAUUCAGAGAGGCGUCUCAUUGAGCUUGCACAAGCUUUGUUCUCAAACCGGUAUGAAACAGUCAGAGAGAAUCUGAAGAAAAGAAUUCUGUCAACAGAUCUAUUGGCAAUGCUAUGUGCCUUGUGGGAGGACGCAAUUGACAUUGAUGAAGUUAUACCAGAGGCUGCACUACCAGCUUUUUCUUUGGAGACUACUCGAGAUAUUAUUAGGCAACACAUAGCAACUGUCUUUCUUCAUCUUCAAAGUGAAAUAUCAGAUGCACUGGUCAGAACACAUUCAACAUCAAGUGAGAAGUUAGAAGAGUCACAGCUGCAAACUGCGAUGGAAACAAGCAAAAUUAAAGUAUCCCAAGGAUGCAUAGAUCUCCUGCAGGAAUUUCACUGUCUCAUAGAUGGCAAUACAGAGUUGCUUGUAAAGCUGAGAGAUUUGAUUAUUGAUUGGGUACAAGAAGGUUUUCAAGAUUUUUUCCAGAAACUUGAUGGGCAUUUUCAUGUGCUUUCUGGGAGACGCAAGAGUUUCUCACAAGAGUCAAGUACUCUGGAUUCUGUGCAAAUUGAUAAGGUCCCAACAGUGUUGGUGCUUAUGCUUGCACAACUAUGUGUUUACAUUGAACAAACAACAAUUCCUAAAGUCACAGAGGAGUUGGCUUCUUCUUUUUCUGGAGGUGGUGCGCAUAGCUACGAAUAUGGACCACCUUUUGUACCUGGAGAGAUAUGCCGGCUAUAUCGUUCAUCCGGAGAAAAGUUCUUACACCAUUACAUAAAUAUGAAGACUCAGAAGAUCUCCAAACUUCUUAAUAAGCGAUUUACAACACCGGUCUGGACAAAGCACAAGGAGCCGCGGGAAGUGAACAUGUUUGUUGAUCUACUUCUCCUAGAGUUCAAUGGUGUGGUAUCUGAAGUCAAGCAGAUCUUACCUUGUGGUUUAAUUCGGCGACAUCGGCAUUCUGAUAGCACUGGCAGCACGACUUCCUCUAGAAGCAAUCCAAUGCGAGAAGACAUGUUGAAUCGAUCAAACACAAACCGUUCUAGAAGUCAGUUUCUAGAAAACCAUCUUGCAAAGUUAUUCGAGCAGAAAAUGGAAAUAUUUACCAAAGUUGAAUACACACAGGAAUCUGUAAUUUCUACUGUCCUCAAGCUCUGCCUGAAAAGCUUGCAAGAAUUUGUCCGUCUUCAGACUUUCAACAGAAGCGGAUUUCAGCAGAUUCAGCUGGAUAUGGAAUUUCUCAAGAGCUCCCUUAAGGAGUUUAUUGAUGAUGAAGCAGCUGUUAGCUUUUUACUCAAAGAGGUCAACAAUGCUGCCCAUGAGAGAUGUCUUGACCCAAUCCCUCUUGAGCCCCCCAUAUUGGAUAAGCUCAUAAAUGCAAAACUAGCAAAAAUUAAAGAGCAAAACCCAAAUAAGCAGUAGCUAUGCACAAAUUGGUAUCAUUUACUAGUAUUCAGUUCCAUCCAAUUGAAUAUACACUGUUUAGAGUCAUGCACGCAACUGCUUAUACUUGUGAGCAUGUAGCAUGUUGCCGCGUGUAAAUCUGGAGUCAGACUCGGACCGAAUCAACACUCCCCAAAAUACUAUACUUUAAUUGGAGGUGGUUGAGCUCUCCGCAUUCCUUUACUUUUCAAGCGACCAUCAUUUUUUUCUGCUGUACAUUUUCUUGAGUUCAGCUAGGGUCAGGAAAGUUGUGUCCUGGAUUUUAAUCAAACGGGCACUGCAAAGCUGUUGAAUGCAGAUAGAUAAAUACAGUAUUAUGAGGACGCUGCACAUGUAAACAUUAAGAGAUUGGCUACUAUGAUCAAGCACCGAGGACACCAACUUUAAGAGUAUCUCCUUUUGAAAAUCAAGGAUAAAGUUAUCAUGAUUAUGUAGUGAAUUUUGCUUGUUGGUAUUGCGAUUUUCCUUUUUAUGCUGAUUGUUUUGUUAAGUGCCCAUCUUCUGUUGUAUUAUCUGUAUCUUUCGACUAUAGCUUACAGUGACACAAUUUUUACCAGCAUAACAUGCUGCUUGUUUAUAACAUUUUGAUCUUUUACCAGCAUAACAUGUUGCUCGUUUAUAAUAUUUUGAGCUGUACUGCUAUACCUAA